AUGCUUAUUCUCCUGAUCUUCUCUAUGAUUACUCCGGCGACGUGCCAGUUGAACUCGAGACUUCAACCUCUUCCUAGCGGCAUGCUCAAAUCACAUGUAAACUCAAGAACGUUUCGAAGACCAGUUGGACGUGUUAAAGCCGCCACUUUUGCUGUGCCGAAUUCUUUCCCGAACGUACGAUGGAACCACCCUAUACAGAACCUGCAACAACGAAGCGCCAUAGAUAAAAAAGCUGUGGAUAACUUUGGAAUGAAGAAUGGUGCAUCAAUCCUAGCAGGAAAUAUGUCAAUCGAAUUCAUAAAGGAAAUAUCGGAAUACCUUUACGAUCUGAUAACCGAUACAUCUUCAUCACAACGUCAUAAGUCGCGGACACGAAGUAAUUCUAUCAGGAGUAGCGAGGUAAUGGAUUACGAGGACCAGACCAGAUUUUUAGAGGCCAUGAAUCGGUCACGCAGCCUUAGCAUGGCCGUAGUGCAUUCGCAUAGAACAAGGUUGAAUACGGCAUCGAUAGCCCGUCAAAAUGACGCUGUUCUGACUGGAAUGAGCAGAAGGAGGGCGAAUUUCACGGGUAAGAGGAUUCUGGUUCGUAGUGAUCGCAGACGGUAUCGCUUAUAUGGUAUAGCAUGA